AUGUUGCAUAAUAUAAAAGAAAAAGAAAUGCAACUACUCAACUUCAAAUCCGAUUUCCAACCGUUGAUCACCUCGAGCCAUUUUAACACUCAAGACAUUAAACGUGAAUACGUUGUUAAUGAUAAUCUUUUUUCGAAUAAGAGCAAACCAAACAGUACCAGCGAUCAGCAAAAUCAUCAACAACCAUUGCAGACUGAAAAUGUUACUACAUAUGACGAAAUAUUCGGACCACCACCACUAUCUAAAGUUAUAAAUUAUUCAAAACCCAAAUCGAAGGUAACUUCACUCUUUGAUGACUCGGAAUCUGAAGAUGAUUUGUUCAUCAGUGCUAGUCCAGAUACAAAAUCACUAAAAAGUAUUGAUCGGACACCUUCUAAAACACAAACAGAAAAAAAGAAAAGUCUUUUCGAUAAUGAUGAUAAUCUUUUUGGAUCUAAAGAUGAACCAGAUGUUGAUUUAUUUGCAGUUACACCGGUCAAAAGUUUAUCACAAGUUCCUGAUAAGCUAUUCGAUGACAACGACAAACCAGUAAUAGACAGUGCUUUAUUUGAUAAGGAUACUUCGCAAUUUGCAAAAACUAAAACUAAUACCGAUAGUGAUUUAUUUGGUGAGAUUUCAAAUACUGAAAAAGUUCUAAAGUAUUCCACGAAUAGUUUAUUCAAAGAAAGUUUGGAGAAUGAUUCAAAAGCAAGUUGUGAUAAUUUAUUUGAAAAAGAUUUAGCCACAGGUGGUAAUAAUUUGUUUGAGAAAAAUUCGAAAGGCAUAGAUUUUAUUGAUUCGGAGAAUCAGGCUACAAAGCAAUCUGUAAAUAAUUUGUUCGAAGAAUCAACAAAGGUUAACAAUGUUUCAGAACUAAAAGGUUCUAAUAUUUUAUUCAAAGAUUCUGAGGAUUUUCUUAAUUCAGAUUUAUUCGGUAAUAUUCCUACACAAAAAUCAACCAUUUCUAAGAAUAUUUUUGGUAGCGAUUCGGAUUCUGAUUUAUUUGCAACUACUUCAAAUAGUGCACUAAAGACAAAUAUCGGCCAACAUUCAUCUGCAAAUUUAUUUGAUGAUCAUAAAACAUCUUUGACGAUAGUGACGAGGAUGAUCGAGAUUUAUUUAGUAGCUUAA